GAGGGUGCGAUUGUCAGGUUGUGUAGCGAUUUGACAGGGGAAAGAGCCGUAGCUUUUUUUUUCUCUUUUUUGCAGUAUAAUAUAUAGAAGAGGCGUCCUCAUCCACCGCUGCGUCUCCAUGACAAGCGGUGCCUGUGGAAUUUCUACAAUGAAAAGGAGCUUUUGCGUGUUGCGGCGGGUGAUUUUGUCAUGAAUCCUCCUUUAUCAGCAGCAUUUCCACCGUCUCGCGCCCCACACACCGAAGGCAACCGUGAACCGGAAACGUUACUGAAGUUCCGUGGAGACCUCACAGCGGAAGCUGCGACGGGUGCCCCUGCUGCCUCCCGGUGUAGCUUCUGGGCGCCGCACUCAGAAGGAGGAAAGACGGAGGCGAGGGCCGGUGCACAGCAGCGGAGUUCUCUGAUAAUGGCCUGUACUAUAGAGAAGAUUCUGACUGAUGCAAGAACACUGCUAGAAAGGUUGAAGGACCAUGACAAUGCUGCUGAGUCUCUCAUUGACCAGUCCACUGUUUUGCACAAGCAAGUGGUAGCCAUGAAAGAGGCUGGUACAGCUCUUUCUCACAAGUACCAAGAAGAUGCAGCUGAGCUGAAGGACACUUCAAAAUACAAACCUCACAUCCUGCUAUCUCAGGAGAACACACAGAUCCGAGACCUGCAACAGGAAAACAGAGAACUGUGGGUUUCCUUGGAAGAACACCAGGAUGCUCUGGAACUUAUUAUGAGCAAAUAUAGAAAACACAUGCUACAGCUGAUGAUGAAAAGAAAAGAUACCGAUGCUCAACCAGUUUUGAAAGUGCAUCAAACUCAGUCUGCUGAAAUUGUGACUCAUAUAGACAGAAUCUACGAAAUGGGAGAUGUGAUGAGGAAAGCUGUAGAAGCAGAUAACGACCAGUACUAUACUGUACAAGAAAAGCUGGCACAGUUGGAGCUGGAAAACAAGGAAUUGCGUGAGUUGUUGUCAAUCAGUAGAGAAUCUAUUGAGGUGAGGCGAGAAGAGCUGCCUGAUGAUGCAUCUCAACCCACAAAACAACUGCAUUUGAAUACUUGAUCUCAGAAACUGGUUUGCAGGGAAGUGUGUACUGUUUUUCCAAGGUGCUCCUUUAUUUCUUGAUCAUUUUCUCUUGUCUAUCAUUCCAGCUGUUGUUAUAUUAUAGACUUGUGUCCUCCAUGCACUGAUUUGGAAGUCAUGCCCUCUGCUGGCCAAGAUUUGGCCAGCAUAGUUACAAAGUGAGCAUCUACAUUCCCUUCCCUGGUGGUUUUUAGAAAACUCACCUAAGCAUUUGGAUCAACUUUGGCUUUUCCUGUGCAAAUGGAAUUAAAUGGUUUUACUUCAACAUAGCAGUAAAAUAAUCUUAUAACAUGAGACAGAUUUACUGAUUUCAGCUAGUGUUCCUUCCAAGUAAAGAUGCUUAUGAUGAAUUUAGUUUAAAUACACCUUCCUAAAGCAGUUGCAUGACAACAUUGAUCAAUAUAGAGAAUAGCAUACAAUUCUGUAAAAAUAUUCUCUGAAAUGCAUCGGCAAUAAGCCUUUCCCCUUCAGGCACAGAACAGGUUUGCCAUGGGACAUGAGAGUCCUUCUGGCAGCCUCAUGAGAUAGGAUCAUGUGCAAUGUAUAUACAACCACAUAUUAUUAAAAUUACUUGUGAAAUGACUAGAAAUAUAAAUAUUCUGCUAAAAGCAGUAUCCUUGGGAAAUCCAGACUAAGUGUUUCAAAAGUUAUCCUUUGUGAGAAACUAAUGCCAAACUACCACCGUUCUGAACAACAUUGUGAAACAGCUGGUUUUGUUUCCUGUGAGUUUUGAGGAUUCAGAUGAGUGCUGCAUGGGAAUUUCAAGCUGUGCGCCCUUGAUGGGGCGUAAUGCCCUGUCUUUUAUCAUAAAUAUUUUAAGGAAGACAUUCCUCAAGACAGAUUUGAUGGCAAAUGUUAAGCAAAUUGCAAAUUGAUUGCAGGGUAACCAGCAAAGUCCUGCCUUUUUUUGUAGCUUCCCAUAGUAUGGUGGGUACUGUUUUUGGACUGGGAGUGGUUUUGUUUUUUGCUUCCAGCUGCUCACAUGCAGAUUCACACAUCCUCGUGCUUGGAAGAUCUUAUGAUUGUUCUCAUUGUUGAGCUUAAGAGCAUAAAGACAGAAAGCCAGAUCUCACAGUGUCUAGCCUGUGUGAUCAUUUAUCUGUCUGUGCUCUCCUUGCACACUCUCAGCUUGUACAAUAUAUUGCCUGUUGCUACUGUGUUGUAAAGCAUAAAGAAACACUCUUCUGUUCCCAGAUCCCUGCUAGGAACAGGGAUGUUUUAAUUCCCUGCUUCGCUGCCAGUAAAGUUUCAGACUAAGAUCUGUGAGCUUUGCACAUGUUGUCUGUGGCUCUUACAGCUGUCGAUGUUGAUUUGAGCUUGAGGCACAAAGAUAAAAUAGCCACACCCCCACCCCUUGUUAUAUUCUUUCCCCAUGAAUAUGGUGUGAAGGACAGUUGAGCUCAUUCUUCACAUUCAUCAUUUGAGGUCUUAGAAUUCUCAGACUCAGUUUUUGCAUAUGCUACCAAGGAUGAAACUGACCGAGCUACUGCUUCUGUACUCUAUGCAAAAGUAGCCCCUUCCAUAGGACAGACUUGGCUGCUGACCAUCCCUUUGCAGUGUUAAGCCUUAAAUAUAUGCCAUCAGUGCCACCUUGAGAAUCAAGCACGCUCUUGUAAGGAGCAGCAGCGUGUGCUCAGCCUCCAAAUAUGUAAUGGGUUAUGUUGUAAAUCCCAAUAAGAUAUUAUCAUGCAGAUAAGUGACUUGUUGAAGUGUUGAUGUGCUGUGUGCCCUGCCUGCCCUCUGAUCAAUACAUUUGAAAUGUUACCUCUCAGGUUACUAAAUAUGGAUAUAGACUUAUUAUUUUCUUGAAAUAAAUGUUUUGAGGCAAUAUCACAAGUUGUGGCCUUCUAUUCUAGGGAUAAUUUCUGGACACAUCAUCAGCUCUGAGUAGAUAACUAAUGACCUACUUUGAUACUACCAGGUGUAGUUCUGUGUAUUUGCCUGUGAUUCAUCUGGAAGUCAAACUUAAAAGAAAUACUGUACUUUCCAUAGAAGAAGUUGUUCACUGUGAAUGGCUGCCAGUAAAACAAUGUUAUCUGGACAUUAAUAAUUCCAUUUAUGACUUUGUUUAAUUUGGUAAAACUACAUUUUAUUAUACCUGGUCAUUGUUGCCAAAAAGGCUCAAGAGAUUUUUUUUUGCCAUGCAUUAAACUACUACAAACAAAA